CGACUGCAACCACAAACAAGGAGAAAGUUUCCCUUUAAAUAUCGUCUCAUGACUGUUUUAGAGAGACAGGAGACCGGAGGACUGAGCCAGAGGCUGACAGCCAGGGAGAGGGGCUACUGGAGGAAGCAACUGACAGAAGAGCACAAGCUGGCUGCAGGGUCUGAAUGCUUCCAGUGACAUCAAACUGCUGCUGCUUUACCUGUCCACAGGUGUGAUUUCUGGAUUAAAUCCUGUGGACUAUAUCUGAGGACAUGUGUCGUCUGUCUUUGGCCUCACUUUUCGUGUUCCUCUGGUUGCCAGAGAGGAGCCACUGCACCAGCAGCUUUCAGGACAGCAUGAGGGAGCUUCACAACCGGUUUGCAGUCAGCCUCUACCAGAGCCUCACUGAAACAGAGAACAGCUCCAACCUGAUUGUGUCUCCAGCCAGCGUGGCCCUGUCCCUGGCCCUGCUGCAGCUCGGUGCCAGGGGCAACACCCGGGCUCAGCUGGAGGGGACGCUGGGAUACAACGUGAAUGACGCCCAGGUGCGAGACUUCCUGUUGCUCACCCAGGGCGACAUGAGCAACAGCAGCCAGGGGGCGGGGCUCCAGCUAACCUGCACCCUGAUCAUCCAAAGUGAAGUCCAGCUUCAGGCUGAGUUCAUCCAGAACGCUGCAGCCUUGGUCAACGCCAGCGUGGUUCGAGCCAACUUCAGCCAAGCUAAUCCCAAUCGCAUCCAUUCAGAGACAUCAGGACGUAACCACGAUGAGUGGUGGCCUCUGAACUCAGGAAGCAGCAGCGGGGAGCUGUCAGGCUCAGGUGAGCCCCAGCCAGAAGCCCUCUGGUGGGGUCAACGUCCGCAGGUGGCUCUGAUCAACACGGUGGCGUUCAGAGGCAUCUGGCAGAAACAGUUUAUAUUUGGCAACACUCAGACGCUGCCCUUCAUCCUGUCUGAUGGGAGCACCAUCAAGGUGCCCAUGAUGCACCAGACUGCAGAGGUCAGCUUUGGUCAGUUCAGGACAGCAUCAGACCAACGUUACACGGUGCUGGAGCUGCCGUACUCGGACCGCUCCCUGAGCCUGCAGGUGGUUCUGCCCAGUGAAAGGAAGAGCCCACUCUCCUUCCUUGAGUCCCUGCUCACUGCUCGUCAGCUGGCCUCUUGGGACUCCGGCCUGCGAAGGACCAAGAUGGACAUUUUCCUGCCCAGAUUCAGAAUGCAGAAGAAGUUCAGCCUGAGGUCGGUGCUCCCUGCUCUGGGCAUCAGUGACGCCUUUAACCCGACAUUAGCCGACCUGACAGGGAUAUCAGCUGAGGAGGGUCUUUAUGUUUCUGACGCCUUCCAUGAAGUCAGAAUUGAAGUUACAGAGGAAGGGACGAAGGCAUCUGCUGCAACAGCCAUGGUGCUACUGAAACGAUCCCGUGCUCCAGUUUUUAAGGCGGACCGGCCUUUCUUGUUCCUCCUUCGGCAGGUUAACACAGGCUCCAUCUUGUUUAUGGGGAGAAUAAUGAACCCUGCAGACCAAGUAAUAUAACACUCCUCUAAGCCCCGCCCCCAAAUCGCACCAACCAGUUCCAGCAGCAGUAUUUAUUUAUGGACCAAAUGGACAAUACCACG